GUUUACAUUUCAAACGUCCUUGACAUUGGUCCGACUUGGGAGCCCUACACGUCUCAGCGAAUGCAUCGUUGACUCGGUCAAACAGAUUGGAUUUUAAAGACGUCGGAUACGUUGACAACUUUCAACUGACAUUCAGUUAUGAGUAAACAAUUUUAGAUCGAGCAAAGGAAAUCAAGCAACAUGGAUGAACCGAAGAAAAUAUUUCAGGGAAAAGGUUACAUGUUGACAGCCUAUCCUGCAGACUGUUACUCGUUUUAUUACUGUCUAAUGGCAGAAAUGGACAGGACACAUCUCUCUCAGAGAAAAGCAAGAGAAAUGCAAAGCAAGCUGUUUGAAUUCCAGAUGAAGAAUCCAAUGUACUAUCAUUUAUUUCUACCACAGUGUGUAACAUAUGACGAAUUCCUUUCAUCUAAUGAUUGCUUACAACUUGAGUUUAAAAAGAUAAUGAACACAAAGAAACAUCCAACACCUAGAGAAGUUUUUGCUGCUGCUGAAAUGCUACAAAGAUACAUUUGUGUUAUUCGCUUUGACCGUUCUGUUGAAAGGGAUAUUCAAAAACUUCAAGGGUACAUUUUUGCACCAACAAGUAAAGAAAAUCUUCAUAUGGAGCCCUUAUGUUUGCUUAUGCUGGUAAAAACUGAUGGAGUCGUUGAAUUUGGCAGAAUUGGUCGCAAAGACAAGAUUAAAGAUCUAAAGUCUUGUCCAGGCCAAAUGGUCAACAUAAACCAUAAGCAUUGUUUUGGUUUACGCUUUGUGAAUGAUUUCUCUGUUCUCUUUGACCAAAACGUUGCCUACGGUGAAAAGUCAGAUGUUAAAGAUUUGUUUCAUCGCCUGAGUUUAGAGUUUUAUGGAACAGAAAAGUAUCAUGGUCGUAUUCUGAAUGUCAUUUGCAAUUUUGAACUUGAGGAAGACAAUUUGGAACUUUUUUGCAAGUACGCUGACGACACAAUCACCGAAGAAACAAGCUUAGAUGACAAAAGGAAACGUUUGAAGACUCACGUUAAAGACGUAAGAAGUCGAAUGAAAGCUGCGGGUGAGGGGGAACUAUUUGCAGUGUCCUCUGUAUACAACGUCGACAUGAUCAUUGAUAUAACGGGAAGAGAUGAAUGGGAGACGUAUAUGUCAGUGGUUUGUUGCUAUUUGAGCUGUUUCGAUUCCCCAAUCAUUCUCCGUGUUCAAGGCAAAAACAACAAGCUUUAUAUGCCAUAUGUAACAGAAUCAAGAACUUGCUCCUGUCGUCAACAGAAACCACAGAUACAAGGUCACAUUGGAAAAGUUAAAGGCAACAUCCAUGAGGCAGUGUUAAAACACCCUUGUUGUCCACCAGAAAUUCGAAAAGGAAACCACGCACAUUUAAGGCAUAUUCCAAAUAUUCGAAACUGUUGGCCUCCGCGAAAUGAGUAUAUAAUUCCAGCAGAGUUUAUGACAAUGGUUAUAUCACGACUGGAAAUAGAAGAUCGCCGCAUUGAUCAAAUAAAUGGCGGAGAAGGAUCGCUUGCCAAAGCCAUGGCAAAGGAAUUGUAUGGAAAUGAAAAUGGAUACCUUGCAAGUGGUUUACAAGAUGCCAUGGGACGUGAAGACUUAGAUCAUGACGUGAAGCUCCGACGACUAUCAAAUUGGUUAAAAGUUCCGAUUUACAUCUACAUGUACCAGAAAAAAGUUGACGAUGGUCAUGCUCAGUUCAACGCUUCACAACGCUUCAUUUGGACCAAAUUUGAGCCAGAUCUAAGCAUGACAGUUGUAAGCAGUGACUGUAGGUUCUACAUUACCCUUUUUUACAACCACCUUAACGGUACCUUUGACAGAAUCAUUCCCUUACGUGGCUGCAAUUGUCAGAUUCCUGCUCCUCUUUCUUUGCUUAGAAACAGCCAGAAUAUGGAGUCCCAGUUUCUGCCUUGUGUGUAUCCAGAUGACCGCCAUCAUCCACUACCAACUUUUUUAACCACGGACCCGGAAAGGGUCAACUUUGAAAUGGAAAUCCGGGAUUUCCCUGCUUGUUCGACAUUCUCUUCUGUGAGAAUAGCAAUGCAGAGAAAUGAUAUGAGAAAAAGAACAAUUGAUUGCGUUGAAAUAAACCACCAUUCACUGCUUCGAUGUUUAAGCAAAGAGAUUUUUGGAACCGAAAAGCACGUUGAUCUACUGAUUGAAGAACUCUGUAAUGAAUUUUCGAAUAAUGUGGAAAGCUAUAUCUAUUUCUUGGGAGGAACAAUAAUCAAAGCAUACGAAGAGUCAGGUGGAAAGAUUCAAAAUAACAGAACCAGCAAUGAAAAAUUGGCUAAAUUGGUUAAAGAAAGAAUUGAAGAUGACCUUCCUUGUGACGAUUUACUGUUGUGGCUUGCUUGUACCUUCUUCCAGACUACAAUAUUCGUGCUCCGUGUAACGGACACGAAUACCUUGACAGAGAGUUUCUGGACGGAUUAUUCAAUGGUGAGAAAGAGAAGGAAGGAUCCAACAAAAAGAACGUCAUUUUCAAGGAGAUGUCCCGAUGAAAAAACCUACUACAUCACACUAUUUGAAUCUGGGAGUAAGCUGUAUUACAGAAUCGUUCCGAAGCAGGCCUCUUGUAACUGUGCGUUGGAUGCACCUGCCGUGCCUGACCACAAUGCUGAUGCUACAGAGUACCAUACAUUUCAAGAUUGCAAACUUAUGCGAAAAAUCAGAAAAAUAGACAGCCUUCUCCACAGUGCUUGCACAUUAAUUGACCAGUGGUUGAUUUGCAACCAAAUCCUUCAAAGAAAUUGCGAAUUGAUAGUAUUGGAGAUUGAAGGUCGUCGCAAAAACGUAAAUAUUGCUACUAUAGCAGGUACUGGCACUGGUAUAGUUGGAGCUGUUCUCACUGGUGUUGGAAUUCUGUUUGCUCCAGCAACAGGGGGGCUUUCUACUUUACUAUCUUUUGGGGGUGCAGUUAUGGCAGUGUCUGGAGGCACCGUAGCAACAGGGGCAAAGAUAACUGAAAGCGUGCUGAACAACGGUACAAUAGACAAACUAAAACGGUACCAAAACUGCUACAAAGAAAGGUUUGAUAACCUGAAGUCAGUAAUAAGAGAAAUCAAUAAUGAAAUGAAAGAAUUAUCUGAAUUAUCAAAAGAAAUACAAGCAAAUCAGAACAUCGAAUCUUCUGAUUUUGCGGAUGUCCAAAGCAUUCCCGGUAUCGUUCGGGCCGUCAAAGGACUGAUAAUGAUUCCAAUAAGUCUGUUAAAAGUGUCUGCUCGAGGAAUAACCAUUCUUGGCGCGAUAAUUGGGCCACUGUCAGCUUUGAUUGACGCAGCAUUGCUAAUUUUUUCGGCCAAAAAUUUGGUAGAGGGCAAUAAAACCGAUGUAACAGAAAAUCUACGCCGAAUAUCUGCAGCGCUGUAUGGAUCAAGGAGGCAAAUGCAUAGCUGGGCUUAUGGAAAUCAGAGACCGUACCAUUACGAUUGAGGGAGAAUAUUGUUUAAAAAUUGUAGUAAACUCUAUAUGUUUAGGGUAUUGAUCCGGGAAUAACAUUCAUUGUAUUUAAAAGCAAAUGUGUUUUUUUGCCAUUUAGUUUUUGUGCACAUUUUUACUUUUUAGCUACAUAGUUUUUGUUAUAUAUUUGUUUAAUCUUAUAUUUAGCUUUAAUGAUAAAAAUGUUUUGCAGUGAUUUCAGGGUAGCAUGUAAAUAAUUUAUGUUGUCAUUUAACUUAUUUCUGCUGACGUUUUGUCGACAAAAAUACUAGAUGCAUUACCUUGUUAUACGAGUGCACUAUAUAUUAUUGAUAUGUAGGAAAAUAAUGUUGGAAAGAGCAUUAUUAUAAUAUAAGUACUGUUACUAAAAAUAGCAUUUUGACCCUUUUGAGAAUAAAAUUGUGCAUAAUUAACCA